UGUAAAACAUAAUCUAUGCAAAAUUUUGACCAAAGAACAACUAUUACAUGGCUGUCUCCUCUGUUGGGGGAAAAAAGAGGGCAGGAUAUUCCCCGAAACAAAGAGGGUGGUACGUUAUUUAGUCUGACUGCGACAGAAACAAGAAGGAAGAUGGCUGCUUUGCUGCUGCUGUUGCUCAGUGCUGGAGCUUUGUGUACCUGUGCUGAUGCACAAGAGGCUUACAGUAACCUUCCAGAAACCCUCAAGAAAGGUGUAGACUUGUCUCUGGAGAAGCUCAACGCUCACACCGGAAUCCAGAAUCAUUUUCUCUUCUUGAGGAGUGUCACGCAGUCCAACGUGGAGGCCGGAUUCGAUGUGGUCUACAUCUACCACCACUUCUACCUUAAAGCCACCCGAUGCCAAAAAGGAACAGUGGAUCCAGCAGGGUGUCAUUUCAGGAAUGACGUUCCCAUGAUCGACUGCGCCAUUUGUUACAAAACAUUCCAAGGAGAGAUUGAGCAAGAGCCGAAACCGUACCUCAACUGUCUGCACAAACCGGCCGUCACAGCGGAGGUGAAAGUGAGCAGAGUGGAGCAUUGCAACAGGUUGGCAUACAGCAUCGGAGCAACAAACCUUCUGGCAUCGAUCGGAACAAAGUGAAUGUUGACUUGUGCAAAUGUAUUUGUCCUACUUAUUUUGACUUCUUCUGGAGCAUUAAAGCAGAGUCAGUCCAUUUGUUAUGAUCAAGCUACUGUAAUGUCACAGUGUUAACAAAAAUAUAAUGAAGUUUAAAUAGGCAACAAAAUUCCUGUCUAUGUAUGGCCUUCUUUUAAAGCAUUCAAACCAUUUACAAUUCUUAUUUCUUCCUUGGCUAGAAAAUUACAUAAUAAAUAUAAUAAUAAAUUAAAGCUGCAAGCAGCGAUGGACGGGACCAACUUUUGCUGGUGUUUCCUGCCUUUACCCAUUCAACAUAUCUUUAUCUGCACAUUACCUUCCUUCCCUGCAUCCUGGGGACACACUGGUGCUUCUUUCUUUCACCCAUACAACAUAUCUAUGUAAUCAUGUAAUUUAACCUUCUCUGCAUAGUAAGGUCACGCUGGUACUUCCUGCCUGUACCCAUUCAACCUAUUUUCACCCGCACAUUACCUACCUUUUCUGCAUAUCGGGGUCACACUUGUGCUUUCUGCCUUUACCCAGUCAACAUAUCUUUACCCGCACAGUACCUACCUUCUCUGCAUUGUGUGGUCACGCUGGUGCUUCCUGCUUUUAAGCGGCCAUCUUGAGACGGCAGCAGCAUCAGCGCAGCGGUUCUUUGAAGGCUCCUAAAAUCAAAACCAGAGCAGUUAUGAAAACUCUUUCAUCAACUUUUAAUCAGAAGAAUUCAAUCUCUCUCCUGUGAUAGUUUGAAGCCGACACGACAAACGCUCUCAGAGGAGAUAAUGUUUAAAAAAAAGGUGACUGUUUUGACCCCACUUUUGUUUUGAAGGGGGAAUUGCAAACUUCCUGUUGAUUUUUGCUGGGGGUUGUCAAUAAAUGAAAUGUAGGUCUAAGUGAGACAUACAUAGAGGUUUUUGUUUCAUGUCUCUACGACAUUCCUACUGGAAGUUACAAGCAGUUUUGUCUGUGUUUUCUUCCUAGGAGCAGUUUUGUCUGUGUUUUCUUCCUAGGAGGCGCGAGGGCGCAAUAUUGAGUUUUCGGGUUUGGUUUUUUAUUAGAUCGCAAUUUCCGCCAGUCCUGAAGUGUGUGUUCAGUUUGGUGAGUUUUGAAGUAUGUUAAGGGGGUCAAAUUACAGCUAAAAGAGGCAAAAAUGACUGUUUUUACAAAAUGUUUGUUUUGAAGGGGGAAUUGCCAACUUCCUGUUGAUUUUUGCUGAAGGAUGUCAGUGAAUUAAAUCUAGGUCGAAGUCAGACCUAUAUAGAGGUUUUUGUUUCAUGUCAUUCCUAUUGGAAGUUACAGGCCGUUUUGUCUGUGUUUUUUCCUUGGGGGCGCCAGAGCGCAAUUUUGAGUUUUGGGGUUUGUUUUUUUUAUUCGAUGGCAAUUUUUUGCCAGUCCUGAUGUGUGUGUCAAAUAUGGUGAGUUUUGAAGCAUGUUAAGAGGGUCAAAUUAAAGCUCAAAGAGGUGGCGGUAUAAUAAAGAAUAAUAAUAAAACCUUACAUAUUCAAUAGGGUCCUCUGUCCCAAAGGGACAUUGCGGUCCCUAAUUAUAUUUAUAUUGAUAUAUAUAUCAUAUAUAUAAAAAUAACAUAAUAAAUUACAAAAUAAAACCUGAUUUGAAAGUAUUUGCAGCAAAUUCAAGACAAUCACACUGCAGUUUUAUGCUGUAUUACCUGUAAUACCACUUUUGUCCUUGUGAGGCAAGAGUGAGUCAAAAUGGAGUGAAGCCGGAAGUAAACAAAAGUGUUAUCAAAAGCAAGAAAGAAUGGAAGCGUAUUUACAAAUGGUCGUACAAACCUUAGUCAUUUGUGUCAUUUAUGUCAUCAAUUCUUAAGUGAGUUAUGAAGCACUUAUAGACCAGGAAAUGAAAAUCGACCUUUUUACCAGCUAGUUUCGUCUCAUGCUACGGAAGUCAGCAUUCCUAAAUUGUGGUAAAAGUGACAGAUUGUCUGGCAGCAUAGCGCUCCCUGUUGGUUUGGAGUGUAAGUGUAAAUUGUAAGCAAGAAUACAAUAAAUACUUGCAGACUUUUAGAAAUAUUUUUAGUUUUCCAUUAUUAGUUAGAAAAACUCCAGAUAGUUAAAAAAAAAACACUUUUAUGUAGAGAUGUCCAAUAAUGGCUUUUUUUUUGCUGAUAUCCGAUAUUCCGAUAUUGUCCAACUCUUAAUUGCCGAUUCCAAUAUCAACCGAUACCGAUAUAUACAGUCGUGGAAUUAACACAUUAUUAUGUCUAAUUUUGUUGUGAUGCCCCGCUGGAUGCGUUAAACAAUGUAACAAGGUUUUCCAAAAUAAAUCAACUCAAGUUAUGGAAAAAAAAUGCCAACAUGGCACUGUCAUAUUUAUUAUUGAAGUCACAAAGUGCAUUAUUUUUUUUAACAUGCCUCAAAACAGCAGC